CUUGUAAUUCCGCUUCUUUGGGUUUUUUUCGCACACAACAUUCUAGACGUGCAGAACCAAUUUUAAUUGUGUAAAAAUAUAAUUUUAACAAUAGUUAAACGAACAAAUUAGCACAAUAAAUCACAAUGAAUUUUUUGGAACUGCCGGAUUGCAUGUUAAUGGAAAUAUUUGAAUUCCUUACCUAUGAAGAGGUAUCCAAAAACCGAUUAGUUUGCAGAAGAGUAAAUCAAAUUUGUCAACAAGUUUUGAAUGGUGGUUUUAGUCGUGCUGUGCGACAACACUCCACCAUUUUCAAACGUAUCAAAUCAAUGCUGCCGCGUAGAGAAUCAGAGAGACGCAAUCACAGCUUAGCGAGACAUGCGGAUAUUCUUACAUCGAUAGAGACUCGUAUUUCGAUGCUCUCAAUGACAUAUAGCAAGUACAUAGAUCUAAAUCUGUGUUGCUUCAUACCCGGUCGGGUGCUUGAUGAAAUCUUUCGAAUCCUUAUAUUGGUAUCAAAAACUCGCAAAACACUCCGACCACAUGAAGUGCUCCAAGAGUUACGCGACAUAUCAUCUAUGGCAAUAGAGCACUUUGAUGAAAAAAUAGCAAAUAUUUUAAAGCCCUAUGUUGACGCCAGCAGCAACAGAUCUAGAGCAAUUGAUCAUAAACGUAUAACGGCUGCAAGUUCCGAAUUGGGUAGUAUAAGCUUUAGUGUCACACAAAGUAAUUCCAAUAUGUGGACGCAGGCGAGUAGUACUUCAAAACUGUUGACAGCUUCUCCUCGAACAUCACCUUUAAAAAUGCCCUGCAAUAACUGCAAUGAGGCUAUACUGAAUAGAAUGGCUGCGUUUAUAAAUGUGAAAUCACCGAAUUCAGAUAGUUCAGAUUCAACGGAUUGGGAUUCCAUUUACAGUGCAGUGGGUGGGUGCUGUUGCUGUAAAACAUCAAAUGCAAAUUCAGAUAAUAACGUUAAACAGAAACGCAGUGGAUGUCCAGAGGCAAAAGCAACUAUGGCCAAAUACAAAAAACUUGAAUUGGAAUACAAAAAUGGUGUUCAAAGAAUGAAUCGGAUGCAACAAAUACAGGUACAGCAAUCACGUCGUUUACAACAGACCAUGAAUACAAUUUCUACAAUGAGUACGCAAAUAACGGAAUUAAAAAAACGCUUGGAGGAUUUGGAUGCAAAAAAUCGAGAAAUAUCAGCCAAUAUUAAUAAGAUAAACCCGGGCGCUGGAGAUUCGACAACUUCGACUACAGGCACUACUGGUGCUAUAAUAAAUCAAAAUGAAGAGGAUAUUGAACUUGAUGAUGACGAUGAUACUCUGGCGGGACCUUCGGCUGCUAAAAAACGCCGUUGCGACGGCACUACAACGGCGCGGAUAAAAAUUUCGGAAUCAAGUGAAGUUUUGGAAUAGGAUCCCUUCGAAAUAAUAAAUUGCAUACACGAAUCAUAAAUAUAAAUUUACAUCAAGCUAUGUUUAACAAAAAUAUAGGUAUGCGCACUGUGUGGCCGUAUGUCGUGUGGAAUAUAUGUGUAUUGGAAUUCAUGUAUGCCCUUUAAACCAUAAAUACUGCUACAAUUUGUUUAAUAAGGUACUAAUUUAGCCAUUGUAAAUAGGAAUCUUACACUUAUUUUUGUUGUAGAUAUCUAAAAUAUUUAUUUUGCUAGAAAUAUUUAUACAGAGUGGCGGUUGGCUGAAAAGAACGCGUCUGGCGCAAACAUCUAAUAUAUAAAAACCUUUAGAAAGUAUUUGUAAACGCCUAGCAGCUAUCUAUUUCUAUCUUGUUUAAAUAAAUUGACUUAUGCCUAUACAGUU